AUCAGUUUCAAUGUAGCUCUCGAACGGGUAGCAUUUCUUAACUGAUACAAGUGCGUGUAUUUGAUAUUGCAAUGGAGUUUAAUAAUAACGAUAAUGAAGACAAGUUUCCAUAUACAAUAACUUCUGUGGAUGAGCAUAUAAACGCAGCACUUUUAAAAGAUUUUCAUGGUGAGAAAACUGGUUUUGUUCAAGUAGGUGACGAUAAAUGGUUUUUUCCUAGCCAAUACCAGAAUGCAGCGGAACAUUUUUACAAUUUUCAAGCGCGAUCAGAUGAUGUUUGGAUUGCAACAUACCCGCGCUCUGGGACGACGUGGACGCAAGAAAUGGUGUGGUUGAUCUGCAACAACUUGGAUUUUCAAGCCGCCCGUAGUGAACCAUUAACAAAACGGUUUCCCUUUUUCGAGUUUCAUAUCUUCAUGCAUGGCGAAAUGAAGAAACAAUUUUUAAUGGAGAAUGAAGACUCUACAAAUAAACAGUUCAUAGAAGACGCCUCCAAACCUGCUUAUGAAUUCUUGGAAUCUGCAAAAACUCGGAGAUUCAUAAAAACUCAUUUCCCCUUUUCACUGUUACCACCGAGCAUCUUUAAAACUGGAUCUAAGGUCAUAUACCUUGCACGGAACCCAUCAGAUGUUGUUGUUUCAUAUUAUCACCUCAAUAGAUUAUAUCGAACCCAAGGUUAUCAAGGGGAUUUUGAAACAUUCUACAACUACUUCGAAAAUGAUUUAACUGCAUGGUCACCAUAUUGGACACAUCUGAAGCAAGGGUGGCAAGCUCGUUGUUUACCAAAUGUCUUAUUCAUGUUUUACGAAAAUAUGAAUAAAAACCUAUCGGAUACAAUACGAACUGUUGCCAAAUUCCUUGAUAAAAAUAUAUCUGACGAAAACGUAGUCAAGCUAAUGGACCACUUAAGCAUUGAGAAUUGCAAAAAUAAUCCAUCCAUGAAUGGUUCAGAACUUAAGGAAGUGAAAAUUUUGAAUGACAAUACCCAAGGUUUCAUUAGAAAAGGCAAAGUGAACUCUUCAGAGAAAGAGCUCACGGAUGAAAUCAAACAGCGUAUUCAAAAAUGGACAUUAGAUAAUUUAAAAGAUUCCGAUUUGAAAUUUCCAGCAAUGGAUAAAUAAUUAUCUCGUUUAAUUGAUAGGAAACAAAAUAAAAUUUUGA